ACUUGAUCCACAUCAAUCUUUUAAUGAAUUAAUUAAAAAAAUAGAUAAAUUAUGUUCAAAUAUAAAAGAAAAUGCUUUUUAUCCAUAUCAACAAUUAAUUGCAUAUGCAAGAAAAUUUUCUUCAUUACAAUAUCCAUUUAAUCAAGUAUCACUUCGUCUUUAUAUUGAAGAUGAUCAAUGGAAUCUUGAUCCAAAUAAUAAUCUUAUUUUAAAACAAAUUUAUUUAACAAAUCAUCAAUUAUUUCCACGACAUGAUAAAUUAACACCUAUUGAUUUAACAUUAAAUAUAAUAGGAAAUUUAGAAAAACAAACAUUAUCUUUUUAUUUUGAUUAUUCAAAUAAAUUAUUUGAACAAGAAACAAUUCAAACAUUAGCAUUAAGAUAUCAAAAAUUACUUAAACAUUUAUUUGAUGUUUCAUCAAACUUUGAUUUAGAUGAUGAACCUAUUUAUAAAUUAUCAAUUAUUUUAUCAGAUGAAGAACGACUGAUGCAUAAUAUCAACUUAAAUAAAGAUUAA